GACGUGUGGCGAUAUAUAGAGUCUACUGGCACACUUCGGGUACGCACAUUGGGUGCAGAUCAGCCGGAGCCACAUCUUCAAACUGCAGCAAGCGGACCUAUUCAGUAAUACUAUUUAUCUGAUGAUAUCAGUGGUCAGUGAUUAGAUAAGACGCUGCAGGUACAUACCGCAUGUAAUAAGUGCUACAUCGUUUAUCAUAACGCACAGUUUGCGAGUACAUGUUACCGCGUAUUUGUGUCAGCUGAGUUUGGACAAUGAAGCACUUCAGUGUGUGUGUGUUCCUGUGGAUCUUUCUGUAUGUGGCUUCCUGUUCAGGUUCUACUUCCCCAUCAACAAGGGAUGCGGGAUCGGUUAACGUUAAUACCACAACGACGCCAAUGUCUUCAAAACAUGCAUCAAGUCCCCCGGGUACAGUCAAAAAGGCUGCUUUGUCGUCAGUCAGUGUUCCAGAAAGUUCAUCAUUCGUCACUAUUACCCAUUCAACACCGGAUCUAGUCUUCUCGGGCUCUGCUGACAAUGCUACUUCGACAACCAGCCCCACCACAGCCCCUGUGCAAGACCCUUUCCUCUCCAUGCUGGUCAACGCAUUCCUCUCCGCCGCCAACUCCAGCUCCACCAACACAACAUCCCCGACGUCCUCCUCACUUCCGGUUUCACUCUUGGCCAUGCAGAAAAAGAUUCCAGGAGGGAUGGGGAACUCCCUCUUGCCCUUUCUCAUGGGAGGAGGGUCCCUCGACCUUAACACAAUCACAAGUCUUUUUAAGAGCCUUGGUCCUCAACUCCCGUCCAUCUUGAAGGGGCUUAUACAGUCAAACACAAGCGGACUGACAGCAGAAGAACGAAUGUGUUCUGAAGAUUUGGAUACUUUCCUGGUGGGUCUUGUACAGUUGAAGCCUUGGGCUCUUACAAUGGUCGAUGCAUCAGGGAAGCCUGGCACCUCCAUUCUACAGGGGGCAACGACCUUUUUCGGCAACUUUGAUGAAUGUCUUGAUGUGGUCAGCGAGGCGGACCAAGCAACGGGGAGACAAGUAAAGGGGGACACCUGCGUUGUCUACAUUCGUCCACCUCCACAGCUGCUUAGCGCGUUGGGAGCUGGAAGUGCCGGUGCUGGGGCGAUUACCGGGGCGCCACUGACCUUUAAUUGGCAUUUGUGCGUCCCUCAGACGUGUGGCAGCAACAGGCUCAAGUCAGGCUUCCAAGGCCUAUUGUCUCGAGUCAACAUGACAAUAGCCCAAACCGUGUGUCACGCGGAGAUCAAGAACGGCCCCGUCGGUGAGGACAGUGCAGCUGUAGGAGGCAUCGUCCUGACGGCAAUCUUGGGCUGCCUUGUCCUUCUGGGGUCUGCUAUGGACAUGAGCAUCCGGGCUACCAAAGGUCGUCGUGAGAAGGUUCCCCUGACUCCUGGUCUGGAUGCAGUUCAGCUAUCAAAGAUCAGUACACAUUUCCAGUCGAAGGAAGACGAGGUCAUUGAGACAUCCCUGAGUAAUGGGAAUACAGAAGGUUUGAUUGGCAAUUUGCAAGGAAAUGGUCACGUGGAGAAUGGAGGAAUAGACAACCCUGCAGGUCCAACAUUACCUGCGACAAAUGGUGGACACUUUGUACAUUCCAAUGGUGGACAGCCGCUCAGAUCCGGGGAGAAGAAAUUGAACCAGAAACCCAAAUUAUGGCAGCGUGUCCUGUUGUGUUUCUCUGCCGUCAGCAAUGGGGAGAAGAUCCUCAGCGUCAAACGCUCACCUGGAUCUCUCACCUGUCUUAACGGCAUCCGGGUCCUCAGCAUGAGCUGGGUCAUUUUGGGUCACACGUUCCUCGAACUCAUGGCUAACGCAGAAAACGGAGCCAUUUUCAUCCCGAUAACAAAGAGCUUAAGUUUCCAGGUCAUUUUAAAUGGUACAUUAGCUGUCGACACCUUCUUUGUUCUCAGUGGCCUGUUGGUGACGUACUUGUUCCUGAAGGAGACGGAGAAGGCUGGAGGUCUGAAGGUGAAGCACAUGAUCCUGUACUACGUCCACCGCUUCUGGAGAUUGACACCUGCGUACGCCUAUGUGAUAUUCAUCUACACGUUCGUUAUGCCGUAUUUGGUUGAUGGUCCUACAUGGAACAGUUCUACUGACAAGACGUUUUGUGAGAACAACUGGUGGGCCAACAUACUAUACAUCAAUAACCUUUACAAAGCGGACAAAUUGUGUAUAGCUUGGAGCUGGUACCUAGCGAACGACAUGCAGUUCUAUGUCGUGGCUCCUCUGGCGUUGGUCCCAUUGGCACUAAGUUCCCAGAUGAAGGACACCACCUCAAGGAAGGUCCUGAAGCUGGUUGGUUUGUGUGUGACUCUCGGAUACAUCAUCACCAGCAUCAUCUGCAGUGCCUACUUUUCCUAUCACAACUACAAAGAUGUGACAGGGAAUUUCCUGAACGUGUACAUUAAACCCUGGGUCCGGAUCGGACCAUUUGCCAUUGGGAUGAUUCUAGGCUACAUGCUUCAAACGAAGAAGUCAAAGAUCAGGAUCUCUCCCUUCCUGCAAAGUUUGGGAUGGUUCCUAGCUCUGGCGGCAGCCGGCACGUGCACACUGUUAACCUAUGACGACGCAAAUGGAGCACCCUGGGGAAUUGAUCCAAAGACGGCUUUCGAUACACUCUUCAGACACGUAUGGUCGCUGGUUUUGGUGUGGGUCAUCUUCAUGUGCUGCAAGGGAAAAGGAGGUAUCGUGGAUUGGAUGUUGUCCUGGGACUGGUGGCAGCCUCUCUCUCGGCUCACAUACGGGGCAUACCUCGUACAUCUUAUCUUCAUGCUCGCUGAAACGUCAACGAUGAGGUCACUCAUCUUCUAUACGCAAGGAUAUAUUGUGUACCGCUUCUUCGGCUACGUGUGCAUGUCGUUCAUCUUCUCCUUCCUGCUUGCCAUCCUGGUGGAGGCGCCCAUGCUGCAGCUGGAGAAGUUGGUGCUGUCCUGAGCCACAGCAGGUGCUGACCACGUGGCCAUACAACUACUUCGACCAAAAUAUACCCGUACCACUUGUAGAAUACUGGUACCUUUAUCGAGCACCUGUACCGAGACGUCUCACAGAAAGAACAAAGUCCACUCUGUCUUCAUUGAUACUACAGCUUCUAACAUGCCACCUUAACAGACUGUAACAUGAUCAUAAACUACUACAUGUAGCAACAAAUGAAUUAACGGACAUAGUUCUCUGGAUAAACAACUUCACCAUUGUAAUAAAGAAGUUUUAUAUCCUGACAUAUGUGUUUAUUCAUAAUACUGAAAGGCCAUAGGCCUAUAGUACAUGUUAUAUAGUAAUGGGUGUAUAUACAUGUAAAAGGUAACACAUUUGGAUCUUCUUAGCUUCAUGGCAUGCAAUAUGUACAUUGACAGCUUUUUUGUUAUUGCUACAUUCUUACUUGACAUUAAUGUAACAAGUUUCUGUAGACUUGGAUAACGGGUAUAAUAUUUAUCAGUGAACUGUUUUCUGAGUUCAGCACACAAAGGACAAAGUAGUAAGAAAUGGUAUUCACUUUCUACAGUGUUAAAAUCACAAAACUGACAAAUUCUGUGUUCUCUCACGAUCCCCAUAUAUCUUCUCGUCUCGAUAAAGAGUUCGUGUGAACCACAUCUGAAUCUUGCAAGUGCAAUUCGAAAUGUUUUGUGUCACAUCUAAUAAGUAUUGCUCUCCAAAGAAGCUGUUUUUAAAGAAGGAUUAACUUGAUAGUUUCUUUGAUACUGAUAAGGAAAAAUGCCAAUUUUGAAUGUACAUAUCUUUCAGGUCUGAGUGAAAGCAUCUAGGAAAUGAUCUGGUAAAUACGUAUCCUGUUCUGUCCAUAUAUUACCAUAACCUCAUGAAUAAAGCUGAUGCUUAACAGAA